UUAGUCUUUAUCAUUAUGGAGACUUUUCCAAGGUUUCUGAAUAAAGCUUGCAUUGUACGAGAUCCUCAGCUAGAUUUGAAUCUGGAUGGAGAAGCAACAGAUCCUUGGCGUCUUUGCACUGUGGAUCAAGUAGAGGAGCUGAAAGCAUUGCUCAAAGUUGUUCCAAUCUGGUUGACGGGAGUUGUAGUGGCCAUAAAUAUAAGCCAACCCUCUUUUCCAGUACUUCAAGCGAAUACCAUGGAUCGACAUAUUGGUUCAAGCUUUGAAGUCCCGGCUGCUUCAUUUGGCAUCUUUGGGUUCAUCUCUACUGUACUUUGGAUUGUCCUCUAUGACUGUUUGAUUCUUCCCGUUGCAUCAAAAUUGAGUGGAAAACCUGUUCACUUCAGCCCAAAAGAGAGAAUGGGGUUUGGUUUAUUUCUCUCCCUCCUUUCAGUCUUAGCGGUGGCAGUCGUGGAAGGUGUCCGGAGAAAUAUUGCAAUCAAGGAGGGACACUCUGAUGAUCCAAACGGUGUUAUCCCUAUGUCAGCAGUGUGGCUGCUUCCUCAGAAUUGCCUUCUUGGCUUUGCAGAGGCCAUGAACGCCAUCGGCCAAAAUGAAUUUUAUAUAUCAGAAUUUCCUAGAAGCAUGUCGAGUAUAGCUUCUACACUAUUAGCACUUGGUAUGGGAUUGGGAAGCUUACUAGCUAGCUUUAUAAUGAGUACUAUCGACAACUUGACCAAACGAGGAGGAGCAGAAAGUUGAGUAUCGAGCAA